AUGGCCUGCAGCAUCUCCAGACUUAUCUCUCAUGAAGCACAUCUGGAAAAUCAUUGGUCAGCAAUUGGAGCUGCCAGCAGUAGAUCUCAAAGGCUAUGUGCACUUUUGGGGGCAGAAAUUGAGAAAGGAAAAGCUGGAGAACAAACCUACAAAUCAAGUUCCAUAUCAAUGGCAGACUCAUGGAAUCAAAGUCUGGAGGAUAUUUAUUUCUUGCUUGAAGAAGAAGGUGCAAAACCAAGUGAAAACAUCCUUUUUGUGGUCAGACUGUUUAUUGGUGUGAUUCUUGUUUGUGUGAUACUGAUCUGUGGGGGAGGAAACCUGUUUUUCAUCUUGAACUUGGUGAUGUACAAGAACAUGCAAAAUGUGACUAAUAUUCUGAUUGCCAAUUUAGCAGUUUCUGACCUUCUUGUAGCUGUUAUCUGCUGCCCUUUCGAGAUAGACUACUAUGUUGUGCGUGAGCAAUCAUGGGCCUUUGGUCAUAUAAUUUGCUCUUCAGUCAUCUAUUUGAGGAUGCUUUCUCUCUAUGUGUCAACGAAUGCACUUCUCGCCAUAGCCAUAGACAGAUAUCUUGUAAUUAUGCACCCAUUGAAGCCACGUAUGAAGUUGCAGAAAGCCUGUGGAGUUUUAUUUCUUAUUUGGUCAUCUGCUACUGUGAUUGCAGCCCCUACAGCUUAUUUUGCUACGGAAACUGUGUUUGAUACUCCACGUGAGUCAGGAGGGAAGGUUUUCUGUGGCCAGAUUUGGCCUGCUGAUAGAGCUCUAUAUUAUAAGUCCUAUUCUUUAUUUCUGCUGGCUAUAGAAUUUGUAAUUCCUGUGUUUAUUAUGAGCAUUUGUUAUAUUCGCAUCUGUCAUCAGCUUUGGUUCAAGAUCUUACCUGGAGAACAGACACAACAGCUCCGGAGCCGAUUACAAGCUAGGAGAAAGAGUGUCCUGGUGUUGGUUGCUGUACUUUUAGCUUAUGUUCUGUGUUGGUCACCAUUUUAUAGUUAUGCCAUUGUAAGAGAUUUCUUCCCUAGUCUGCUGUUGCGAGAGAGGUAUGCUAUUGCUCUUUACUAUAUUGUAGAGUGCAUAGCUAUCAGUAAUAGCAUCAUCAACACUCUGUGUUUUGUGACUGGGAAAAAUCAAGCAAAAUGUUGCUUUAAAAUACUGAUUAAUCCAUGGGAGAAAAGAACUUUAUCAAUGGAAAGACAGACAACAUUCCAAGACUGUAAAUCAACAGUGCGUCCAUGUGCUUUGUAG